GAACUACUGUCAAUGGGGCAUUGAAUUAAGAGUACUCAAUGCACCUUCUAGAAUUUUAAACUUUCUCGAAAUUUGGACUGCUUGAAUAAACUUAGCCGGUGUUAGAAUCAAAUUGAAUUUUAGUGAUAGUACAAUGGCAAUGUUCGGUGUAAUAGUCUCAGGGCGUUUAGUACAAACCGACUUUCAACCAAUUUCAGAAACACAGUCUGUUAUAACUAUACCAGAUGCAGACAACAUAAACCACAUUGUAGUGUUUUUAACUGGUGCUAUGCCAUUCCCUGAAGGAACAGCCGGUCAAGUUUAUUUUAGUUGGCCAGACCCCAGUGCCCCACCAAACUGGCAACCCCUAGGAUACAUAUCAAACAGCAAGCCUUCAGCAAUAUUCAAAAUAUCCAAGCUGAAAAAACUUGAAGAAAUGGGUGACUAUUCUAAUCAAAUGUUUGGUCAAACCAAUAUUGUGCACAAUGCUCAAAUAGGCAUCUCUAUAGAACCAUUAGGUAGCAUACAAGAGGUUAACACAUCAAAUACACCUCAGGACAAUUUUACAUUUGCCCAAAAAAUGCUGGAAAACUUCAUGAAUUAUGUACUUAGUUAUUCAACAACUCAAGCGAGCAUGACACCUGAUGUGAAUGCAACUUAUGUACCUCUUUCAACAAUUCAAAACUGGUACACCAACUUUGAGAGAAGACUUCAACAGAACCCCAACUUCUGGAAAUCCUAACUUUCAUUUAUGUAUUUUUGUUUGACAAGAAUAGUAUAAAUGAAGUAGCCAACUACUGAAAUUGGCAAUUUUUAUUUCUACACGCAGAAAUUUUAUAUAUAUCCACAUUGAUUAUGGAUUGUAUUUAUUAAUUUUAAGAAUAUUUAUAACAGCUUUUUGAAUUAAGUGUAUAUGUAUAUUUUUAUAAUUAAAGUAUUGCAUUUUAA